AUGGCUUCCUUGUCGACACCAAACAUUUCCAAAGCCUUUUCUGAAGGUAACGACCUUGACACAACUAUGGAUAGAGCUCUUUACUAUGAACCGGUUAACCACGUCUUGAAAAAAUAUAGCGCCUUUUGCUUAACUGAAGACGAUAUUGCUCGAAUUGUUAAUAAAAAUUCAGGUGAUGAAGAAUACCUUACCAACUUAUUAAUGGAACAUCAUGAAGCCCUCUCAAUCUUAGGUAUCAGUGACAUACAAUCUUUAUACCACUUACUCUUAAGUCUUUUGACUUUAUCUAAUCCAGCGUUAGUAAAAGGAUGGAAAGUACCUGCAGAAAAAAUUUCAGAAGCGCCAAAAAUACCCAAACACCAAUCAAAAGCUGCAGCACAACAAGAAGAACCAAUGAGUGACCUCUCAGCAAAAACUACUCCUUUUACACCUAAAGCUAAUAAUAGUCAAAGUCAUUUCAAGACUACUAAGAAACAACCUGCUGCAACUUCACCUAAAACUAUUUGUACCAUUAUGACUGGAUAUGUGCUCUCUCAACUUGAUACGCUUAAUCAUCUUAAAGCCUGGGGUCAAGUAGUUGUGAUUAAAUUUAAAUCUCAACAGAAAUAUGUUACUAUUACAGUUUCGAUUAAACUCAAUCAAGAGACAACAAGACUAUGGAAUGAUGGAGUUUGGACAGCUCCACUUGGAAGAGUUCCUGCUUUAGUAUCUACAGCUACUUUAUACCUGGACAAUUCUGCUCAAACUAUUCUUGCACCUCUUGAGUGCAAAGCAUUUAAAUUGAUUCAAGAUCAGGGCACCCUUAAGUUAAUAACUUAUUACAAAUCUUGGACUAACAUAGAAAAGGUCAUUGCAAAGAAGGAGACACCCUUAGAAGGUGAAUCAAAAAACUGUGGUGCAGGAACUUGGUUGUUAGAAAUGUCAACAGAUUUUCCACGAUCAACUUUUGUAGGCGUGGACAUUGCGACUAUGUAUCCUUCGGACGUUAUGCCUUUGAAUUGUGAGUUCAUGCAGUGCAACGUUCUCGACGGAAUACAAUUCGCUGAUAACACAUUUGACUUCGUCCAUACGAGAUUGAUGACCUUUGCAUUCAUUGAUAAUGAAUGGUUUGAGAAAGUCAUCAAUGAAUUAAUAAGAGUUUUGAAAACUGGUGGAACGUUAGAAAUUAUGGUAAUAGACGAAUAUAAAACACAAGGACCUGUAACAGCUCAAUUGUGUAAUGCAUGUAAGUAA